GGUUUUCAUUCUGUCAUUCUGUCAAAUAUUGCAAACGAACAAAAUUAUAUUCUAAAGUGACAUUUGAAUUUGUCACGAAAAUUUUACCAAAAAGACUAAAUUCUAUUGAAAAUUACUGAAAAAGAAAAUUGGUUUUAUUGGAUAUAUGGUGUAAUAUGUUGGUUUUUGAUAUUAAAUAAUAUAUAUUAAGAAGUCUAAAGUAUAUAAUUAUAAAAAUGAGCCGCCACGAAGGUGUUAGUUGCGAUUCUUGUCUAAAAGGAAAUUUUAGAGGUCGUAGAUAUAAAUGUCUGAUUUGUUAUGAUUAUGAUCUUUGUGCAACAUGCUAUGAAGCAGGAGCUACCAAUACCAGACAUACUACUGAUCACCCCAUGCAGUGUAUUCUUACCAGAUCUGAUUUUGAACUGUAUUAUGGAGGUGAAGCACUUACUAGUCUGGAAUUACCCCAAUCAUACACUUGUCCAUAUUGCUCCCGUAUGGGGUUUACUGAUGUUACAUUACAAGAGCAUGUAACUUCAGAUCAUCAAGACACCAAUUUUGAAGUGGUUUGUCCUCUUUGUGCUGCAAUGCCAGGUGGAGAUCCAAAUUUCAUGACUGAUGAUUUUGCGGGCCACUUAACUUUGGAGCAUCGCACAGGUCCAAGAGAUUUAAUCUCAUUUUUGGAUGAACCAGUAGGAACAAGGCACAAUGUUAGACGUAUUCCACACAAUACGUCUCACAGUGCUACCCAUAUUGGAAGAGGUUCAGCUACUGCUUUAAGACCAAGAAGAAGUAAUAUGCAUUUUAGUGUUUUCAGUUCUGGGGGAUUUUCCUCUCUUUCUCCUUCUUCAAGAGACUCUGUGGACCCUAUUGCAGAACUUCUGUCUCAGUUAUCAGGAGUCAGGCGAUCCGCUAGUAACACCAAUAGCAGUACUCCAACUCAAUUACAGCAAUUGCAAAUGCAACUUCAGCUAGAAAGACAACAAGUGAAUGCUGCUAGACAACAAUUGGAGCGUUACCCAAGGAGACAGACUCAUAACCAAAGCUUAAGAGAACCAAAUACUUCAAAUUGUGGAACAUCUACUAUGUUGCUUAACGCUUCUCCAGUUCUUGUGCAACCUGCUUCUAGUACACCAACCCCACAAUCACAACAAUCGCAGUUUCUGCUGACAGGUUUAUUGGAAGAACUCUCACACCAAUCUACAAGUGAUCAAUUAAGACUGGAGCGUAGUAGAUUUGUCCAGGAGUUGGUAAUUGCGUCUGCUGCCCUCGCUUAUAGAUAUGAUAAUAGUAGCAUGCCACAUAUAAAAUCGUUAUUAAAGUUGAUAGAAUCUAGUCCACAAGAUUUGCUGACUGACCUAGAGGCAUAUAGUAGACCUACACCUCGUCAAACCAGUACUGUACUUCGUGGUCGAGCGAGAAGUGAUGCACAGAAUGCAAAGAGAAGAGCAGAAGCUAACAGAGCUGUUCAAGAUUAUAAUACUAGGUCGAAUGGUGAUACAAACAAUUCAACUAAAUAGUUUGGUUUUGAAGUUUUGUUCACUUAUUUUUAAAAUCUUACGUAUAUUAGUCCUUUUGGUUCCAUUCUUAGAAAAUUGAAAAUAGUUGAAUUUUGUUAACAUUGCUGAUAGAAAAUACACACUAAAUAUGAUAAAACGAGUUCUUCAUGCAGAUGUGAAAAAUAUUUUGAAAAUGAAUAAAAUCGUUUAAUGGCAUUUUUGAAACUGAAUGUCAUCAGUUAUGAGAUUUUUUUAUAUGUUUGAUAAUUAUGAAUAUUCAUAUUGUGAGAGAAUAAAAUCAGGACACGUCAAUUAUAAUUGAUUAAUCACUUAACUUAGUGGUUUCCUCAAGUGUCCAAUGACAUGAGUUGUUAAGAGAUGUUAAUAUUGCUCUAAACAACUAGUAUGUUCUCUUCAAUUCCAUUAAACAACUCCAUAUACCUCUAAAGAAAAAGUGUGUUAAUGAUUCUAUUUACUUAAAACAGUGAUUUUGUGCAAAUUAAUUUAAAAAGAGCAAUUUUCAACUACUUCCAUAUUCCAUAUUUUAUUGGAAUAAUCAACUAUUUUUAAUUUUCUUGUAAAGUUUUAAUAUAAUUUAAAUUAUUUUCUUCUCAACUUUCAUUAUUCAAAAUAUGUAACGCCACCGUCAGCAAAUGUUUGAUACACAUAAUACACCUUUCUAAAUUCAUUGUGAGUUUUUUUAAGUAGUGGCUAUCUGAAGUCACACCUAAAUACAAUACUAUAAAAGAAUCCACACUUUUCUAUUCAGUAUGAAUUAGACAUAGCAGCAGCUAACUAUCCUUUCAAACGUAGUAUCAUCACUUGAUAAAUACUUUGUUUUAGAUAUUUUUUCUGUAAAAUACUUAUUGGCCUUGAAAACUGGAUAAUUGAAAAUGUGUAAGAAUCUAUUCUCCAACUUGUAUUUAAUGCUACCUGAAUAAUUCCAUACAACUUGUGAUUAUUUCUUACUAGUGAUGUAAAACAUGUUUCUUGAAUGUCCUGAUUAUUAUCUGAAUGAGUUAUGCACUUUAUUUUCUUUUUCAUAUGAUUACACAAAUUUCAAGUUGUACAGAGUGCAGCAGCAAUAUUUGCUUUUUUGUCUAUUCAUAAAAUCCAUUAUAGGAAUCAGAAGAUUUUAUUUAUUCUAUAUAAUGUAUGCACACUACAGUUUUGUUGUAAUAAAUUUUUGAAGAUGAAAUCAGAUAUGUGCAUUUCCUAUUCUCCAUAUGCCAAGUUAAGCAUGUUCUGUAAUUUGUCAUGAUUAUUGUCAACAUAUCAGGCAUUAUUUUGAGUAUUUUUUCCUAAAUUCUGAUCUUAAAAUUUAGUAAGGACCUUGAAUAGUUGACAUUGACUAGAUUUGAAAUUUUUCCUAAAAACAGUCAUAAUAUGCUCUUGCAGUGUGUGCCGUUGCCCAGCCUCAUUAGAACUAAAUAUCAUUCAAGUCCAAUUCCUAUAAAAAAUUUGCAUAUUUACAUACCAAUCCAAAUUCACUGAUACUGUGACUUAAUUUUACUCAAAGAAUUAGGGUGCAAUAAUUCUACAUGAGGAAGUUGUACACCACUGGGAGAACGCAAAGAACUUGGAUGUAAUUCUUGAAGGUUGGUGUCAGCUCUUGUAACGUAUUUUUUAGAUAUAAAUAAUAAAUAAAAAUGGCUUCUUCACUACAUUGAAAAAUAUGCUGUAUCGGGUUAAUUUUUAGUCUAGCCUCUAAAACGAGAAUUUUAAAAAGAGGAGUUAUGUUAUUGUACAUUGUAUAUAUCAGGAACAUGAAAUAAACAUUGUAAAAGGACUGUAUUCUAAAUUUCAGCAAUAUUUUGUUACUAAAACACGUUUAAUACUACUAUUUCUGAAAUCAGUUGAAAUAUUUUUCACAUUUGUCUGUUCACAGGUGUUUCUUUAAUCUCAUUAUUAACAGUAUAUUGUGAUGUUAAAUAAACAAAAACAUUUAACAUUUUUUGCCCACCUACUGCAUAGUUUUUAGUUUUUAUUUAGUUAUGUAGUACAACUACUAUAGUAUCCAUUAUUUUUGGAUACGUUUUAUUUGGAAUCAUCAUAUCUGCUAUUGCUUACAUUGCUUGAAGCUCUAAACGGAUUUACAUAGGAAAUUUUUCAUCUAUAUUGCGGUUAUAGAAUAAUGGCUUGAUUUGAAAAUCCAAAACCACUAUGACACUAGAUUCUGUAUCCCAUUGGUAAAUAGUGCUGUUACAUAAAUGUUCGGAAAUGAGCAUAACGUAUUAAUAUUUGGGAAAUUAGUAAAAUCAAUAAAAGCGAAGAGUAUAUGGAAGUAGCCAUAGUUUUUUAGUUCAAACUUUGAAGGAUAAAAAGUGUAAACAGGAAGAAGUUUUGUGGUCUAAAAAUUAUUCAAAGAAUCGCGAAUGAUAUAAAAUCGGAUAUCAGCAAUGCUAAAAUACAGGAUUUGUUUUAAUAUGAGUUAAGAAACCAUUCUGUGUUAAAACUAUUCACUAGGGUAAAAUAAAAUAUCUAUUGCAUUGCAUUGCAGAUACACUGUAUAUACUGUAAGAGAUUUAUAAAGUUUUACUAAAUUGCAUAAGGAUUUGUAAAAAUGUAUGAACAUAAAAUCUUUAUAACAAGUGAACUCUGAAAGGUUUUUUCUUAUUUUUGAAUUUUCUAACAAGUAUUUCAUUUUUUAAUGCAUUCAGUUUUUUUUGGGAUUGUCAGUUUUUAAUGUAAUUCAUAUUUUUGCUGUAAUUUAAGGUUAUUUAUUGGAAUGUAUUGAUUUCAUUUUUCAUUCUGUACUAGUUUUUCCUCCUACCCUUAGUUUUGGGUUAUUUAUUAAUUUGUUUUUGUUAAUAUCACAUCUCAUAAUGUACAGAACAUAAAAUUUUGUCAAAUGUUUAAUAUCAAUAAAGUUAUUAAACUCUUA